AUGGAGAGUGGUGGUAACGAUGGGUUUGGGGGAGAUGAGAUCGCCCUAUUAACAAAAGAGCUUAUUCAACUUUCGGUUAAAAGUUCGAUGGUGGAGCCAAGCGGUAAUUUUUCUUUGAUAUGUUCCAUAUGGACAAAGAAACCUUACAAUCAAGACAGUUUCAAAGCACAGAUGAGGAGUAUUUGGAAGACAAGGAAGAAAUUCGUGAUUCAAGUGAUUGGACAAAACCUCUUUUUGAUUGAGUUUGAAUUAGAAGAGGAUUUAGAGACUGUUCUGGAAAGCCAACCAUGGCUGUUUAGGAAGCAAUUAAUCUUGUUCGAUCGAUUGAAUAAGUCAAUGCUGAGAGAUCAAAUUCGACUUGUCUCAUCUCCGUUUUGGAUUAAAAUUGGGCCGUGUUUACCAGAGUUUGAUAAAAAAGACCUUCUGCAUGCUAUAGGAGUCACUUUUGGAAGGGUGAUCAGAUCUGAAAUUCUUGGUGAGUUUUGUCGGCUUAGAGUGCUGUUAAAUGUUCAGAGACCUCUUCGCAGGGGUAUUUUUGUUUCAAUAGGGAAUGGGAAUAAAUCUUGGAUCCCUUUCAAGUAUGAAAAGUUGCCGACUUUCUCUUUUGGAUGUGGUAGGCUGGGGCAUGGUAUCCACGACUGUUCAAAAUUUACUCCUGCAGAGAAAAACAAAAUUAAAGAGGAUCCACCUUUCUCUUUAGCAUUAAAAGCAGAAUCAACGUUGGUGGGAAGGGAGAGUUUAAAGUUUAAUGCUCUAUUGAAAAAACUACAAUCACAAUGCUCUUAUGUUGGAGGCAUUACAAAGGAUCAGGAAGAAUAUCUGUACAUGGAGCAAAGUAGUGGUUUAAUGAGAGGGAUCCAGGAUAGUACUUGGUUGGCAUCAACUGUUGCAGAUUUAGAAUUGCGAAAGGAAGCAGGAAUCAAUGAAGGAGAUACUGUAAAUAGUAACGUCAAUAAUCUGAUUUUAGCCAGGAAAGCUAGUUGGAAAAGAAGGAAAAUAAUAGGAAGGAUGGAGAACCAUGAGGUAGAUCGUAAAUUGCAAAAAGGGAAAUUGGUAGAGUUAGUGCAAGAUGAAUAUGGGGUAAAAGAGAUUCGGGAGGAGAAUCCAAAAAGGGCGAGACAUGAUGAACAUGAUCUAAUUACGGAGGAUGAAACCAAUUUGCAAAUGGAAUAUUCCAACCAGACAGGAUCAGUGGCUGCCAAUGGGCAAGCCGACCGGGCACAAUGA